AUGGGUGGAGUUGAUCAAUGGACAAGCAUACAUCAAGAUUUGUUGAACCAAAUUACAAAGCGGUUCUAUUCAUACGAUGAAUACCUUCAAUUUCGAUUCGUCUGCAAGCAAUGGAACUUCAAUCUUCCACAGAACCCCAGUGGCAACAAAGUUCCGUGGCUGCUAUUGCCUAUUGCUACUGCUGCUGCUAAGAGAUCUUCCAAAAAACCUAAGAUAUAUGAAGGUACCAUUUCAAAAUUAACUGAGAGACGAACCCGUAUCUUUGAAGAGGAGGAGAUUUACUAUCUUACAAUGCCAGAGCUGCAAUACAACAAAAUUUGUGGAUCUUGUCAUGGAUGGAUAAUAAUCGUAUUAAUAUACGAAGGCACCAUACAAAUGUUAAAUCCAUUUACAAAGGUUAGCUUCGAUCUUCCUCCAAUUUCAACUCUUCCCAAUGUAAUUGAUAUUCAUGGUGACAAAUGCACUUUUAAUUUUGAGAAUAGGGUUGGCACUCUAGAUACGAUUUCAAUGCAUAAAAUGAAUGUUUGGAAGGUUAUUACGAAUUCAGCACCUAACAAUGAUCGUUACAAUGAUUUUAUGGCCGUGAUCAUAUACGGAUGUGGUAUAAAAUUGGCCUUUUACAAGCCCAAUAAUCCGAGAUGGAUCAAGUUUCCAACAAAUCAUAGGUGUAUUGUAGAUGUCAUAUUUUUUCAAGAGAAGAUAUAUGCAGUGGGCUAUGACUUCCAGAUAUAUGAAUUUGAUAUAAAGGAAAAAUUAGAGCCAAUAUUGGCAAGCAAUUGCAAAGGAAAUAAGAUCUAUUUUAAUGAUAAUGGAUUAAAUCCAUCGAAUUCGAAUGGUGUUUGGCAUCAUGACAUUGGCAUAUUCAAUUUGGAAGAUGGUAGCUGUAAAAGAGUUCCUUUUUGA